AUGCCACCGUCUUCAGCUGCAGAAGGAUCCACAAAGAGAAAGAAGGGUGGUGCCGCUCCACACCUCAAGUCGCGCUCCAAGAAUGCUCGCAAGCUCAAGAGGAGUGCCGAGGAUGCCGAGAUCGCUCAGCUUGAACAGGGCAUACAGGCUUUCGUGUCGCCGAUCGACUUGAAACAGUUUACUCAGCUGCCACUAUCCGACCGAACAUGUAGAGGCCUGAAAAGGGCCGGGUACACCGACAUGACCGAUAUCCAGGCCAAAUCGCUCUCACUUUCGCUCAAAGGCAAGGAUGUGCUAGGAGCAGCCAGGACGGGUUCAGGAAAAACAUUAGCCUUCUUGAUUCCCGUCCUCGAGAUCCUGUAUCGUCGUAAAUGGGGCCCUUCUGACGGACUUGGUGCGCUGGUCAUCUCGCCGACAAGAGAGCUCGCUAUUCAGAUCUUUGAGGUUCUGCGCAAGAUUGGAUCCUAUCACACCUUCUCGGCCGGACUCGUCAUCGGUGGCAAGGAUGUCAAGCAAGAGAAAGAUCGCUUGUCACGCAUCAACAUUCUCAUUGCCACUCCGGGUCGUCUGCUGCAGCACAUGGAUCAGACGCUCGGCUUCGAUACGUCCAAUGUUCAGGUGCUGGUGCUCGACGAGGCAGACCGCAUCCUGGACAUGGGAUUCUCGCGUACCCUCAACGCCAUUGUUGAAAAUCUUCCGCGCAAUCGCCAAACCAUGCUUUUCUCUGCGACACAGACCAAGCGUGUCAAGGAUCUGGCACGGCUGUCGUUGCAAGACCCAGAAUACGUAGCCGUUCGCGAACCCGAAAACGAAGGCUGUACACCUCGAGGCCUGGAGCAGCACUACAUGCUCGUUGAACUCGAAAAGAAGCUUGACCUGCUCUUUUCGUUCAUCCGCACCCACACCAAGUGCAAGGCGCUCGUCUUUAUGAGCUCAUGCCGUCAGGUUCAAUUUGUGCACGAGACCUUCUGCAAGCUGCGGCCUGGUGUUAGUCUCAUGGCGCUUCACGGAAAACAAAAGCAGGCCAAGCGUCUACAAAUUUUUACGCAAUUUACCAAGACACAGCAUGCGCUUCUCUUUGCCACCGACAUUGCUGCGCGCGGUCUUGAUUUCCCAGCCGUCGACUGGGUCAUCCAGCUUGAUGUGCCAGAGGAUGUCGACACCUACAUUCAUCGUGUCGGUCGAACGGCUCGAUAUACCGCCAAGGGAAACAGCCUGCUCUUUGUCCUUCCCAGUGAGGAAAAGGGCAUACUCGAGGCGCUGGCCACCAAGAAUAUCGCUAUCGGCCGCAUCAAGCCCAAGGAGAGCAAAACGCAGAGCAUUCAGAAUCAGCUACAGGCGUUUGCAUUCCAAGAGCCACAGAUCAAGCAUUUAGCGCAGAAGGCUUUCGUCUCGUACGUUCGUUCCAUUCACCUACAGAAGAACAAGGAGAUCUUUGACGUCACAGCGCUUGCGCUUGAGCCCUUUGCCGCCGCGCUCGGCCUUCCAGGUGCGCCCAAGGUAAAGUUUGUCAAGGAAGCCGCCAAGGCCAAGAAAGCGGCUGCCUACAAAGCGGCUCAGCAGCAGGCGGAUGACAACAGCGGUCAAGUCAAAGGCGACUCGGAUGAUGAACAAGCCGAGAGAGCAGAUAAGAACGGCAAGGUGCGCACCAAGUACGAUCGCAUGUUUGAGCGCAAGAACCAAGACAUUCUCAGCAAGCACUACGCCAAUCUCAUCGCCGACGACGCCUCUUCUGAACAAGACAGCAGCAACGAUUCGGAUACGAGCGACGACGAUUCGGUCUCGGUCGCGACAACGGACAAUGAUGACGCAGAGGAUCGUGAGGAGACGCGCUACGGUCGGUCUGCAGGGCGACGUAAAGAGAACCGUCUUGUCGGCAGUGAUACGUCGGAUUCGGAGGAGGAUGAGUCAGACGACGAGCAAAACGACUCGGGUCUGCACAAGAUCAAAUCCGAGACCAAGCGUAGCGUGAUGGCGGCACGUGGAGAUGGAGAUGAUGGCUUCCUCACGCUCAAGCGUGCUGAUCACGCCCUCGAGGAUGAUGGCGAUGCUUACGGCAUUGGGGGGGACGACACUCGCAUCACUAUGGAGCAGGCCAAGGCCGACGCUACCGAGAACUUGUCGAAGCGAAAGCUUGCCAUGGGUCAAAGCAAAAAGGCACUGGCUCUGGCCGGAAAGCGUGGCAUAGGCGAGAAGCUCAUCUUUGAUGAGCACGGCGAAGCGCAUGCGCUGUACGAACUGCAGGAUGAAGAAGCGUUCAACAAGCAGGGAGAUGCCAAGACGCAGGCGCAGCGCUGGGCGGAAGAAGAACGCGAGCGCAUGCAACAGGCCGAUGCCAAGGACAAGGAGCUCGCCAAGGAGAAGCGUCGCGAGAAACGACGACGACAGAAAGAGCGUGAAAAAGCGCUUGAACGUGGCGAUGCACCGGACAAUGGUGAUGAGGGCGGAAGCGGGGAUGAUGAUGAAGAAGAAGAAGAAACAGGUGGCCGAGCUGUUUUGGCGCCCAUCGACAACCGAUCCGACGGCUACGAGACGCCCGACUUUGACUUGACAACCGAAGAGGAUGAGGAUGACGAUGAUGAUGCAGAUGACGACGACGACGACGACGACGAGGCGUACCGAGCACCUGCGCCCAAGCGUCGCAAGAUGGCUCCAUCGGCAGGUGUGACAAGCCAGCCAUCACACUCGAAGAAGAGCAAACUGGAGCAGGAGGAAGAACUCGCCUUGCGUCUGCUUGCAGGCGAUGCCUGA